AUGAAUGUUGUGUCUUUGGAGGCAAAGAAGAGAAUAAGCAAACUGGAAGGGGCAGGAGAACUGGCUGAAACACUGAAGUAUUAUCAGCAUCUUGCCAUGUUCCUCGUGCAGUAUGCAGCACUCCACGUCAGGUUCCGGAACCUGGUGUUAAACCUCUGGGACUGCGGAGGCCAGGACACGUUCAUGGAGAACUACUUCACCAGCCAGCGGGACAACAUCUUCCGCAACGUGGAAGUCCUCAUCUACGUCUUCGACGUGGAGAGCCGCGAGCUGGAGAAGGACAUGCACUACUACCAGUCGUGCUUGGAGGCCAUCCUCCAGAACUCCCCCGACGCCAAGAUCUUCUGCCUGGUGCACAAGAUGGACCUGGUGCAGGAGGAUCAGCGGGAUCUGAUUUUUAAGGAGCGUGAGGAAGACUUGAGGCGCCUUUCCCGUCCCUUGGAAUGUGCUUGUUUUAGAACUUCCAUCUGGGAUGAGACGCUCUACUACAAGGCUUGGUCCAGCAUAGUCUAUCAGCUGAUCCCCAAUGUCCAGCAGCUGGAAAUGAACCUGAGGAACUUUGCUCAGAUCAUCGAGGCAGACGAAGUGCUUCUGUUUGAGAGAGCCACUUUCCUGGUCAUUUCUCACUAUCAGUGCAGACAGCGGGAUAUCCACAGAUUUGAGAAAAUCAGCAACAUUAUUAAACAAUUCAAGCUAAGUUGCAGUAAGCUGGCCGCUUCUUUCCAGAGCAUGGAAGUGAGGAACUCUAACUUUGCUGCUUUUAUUGACAUCUUCACCUCAAACACAUACGUGAUGGUGGUUAUGUCGGACCCUUCAAUACCUUCUGCAGCUACGCUGAUCAACAUCCGCAACGCCAGAAAACACUUCGAGAAGCUGGAGCGAGUGGACGGACCAAAGCACAGCCUGCUCAUGCGCUGAGCGCCGGCCGACGCACCUGGUCGUUGGGGGGAGAAAAAGUGAAUCGGAACUACUUUUUUAGGAGAAUCUAACAAUGUGGAUGUCUUUGUGGGUUUUGAAAUGAGUGUGCUGCUUACCACCGCAAUCUUCUUUAUUGUUUCUCCUUUUAACGUUGGACACUAGUCACUCGGAUGAUGUCUGGAUACACUGCGGACCUUCAAAAGAGACUUCCUGGCGUGUGUGGGGUUGGGAAGAAGUAAGGACAGGUGAUGUGCACGUGGUCUCAUGCUCCUGGCUGUCAUAGUGGCACGUGGCAGAGCCUUUCUGGAUGUUCUGCUCCCAGGUGAUUGUAUAAAUCACAGGGAUGGAGUAUUUACUAUUUUAUUGGUAGGUUGCUAGAAUACAUUUAUAAAUUUCUCCUUGUCUUCAGUCACGAAAAUAAAUUUUUUGCUACCGGGGAUUUCAGAUCCUAGAGCUUUGGA